AUAUUAGAAUCGACUACUCAUACGCGGCCGAGAUAAUGAGAUGAUAUCACUGACGUCAGCGAGAAACCCAUUAUCACAAAUGUACAUGACAAAUGGUUAGGCAAGAACCCGGAACCACCAGACCACCACAGCCUUUUCAGACGGCUAGGUUUACUAUCUGGUCAUGAUUUGAUUGAGUCUCUGCAGAGGAGGAGCGGAUGGUAGGUAACAUAUUCUUUGUAUUACUACGUAUAUAAGUACGUGUACUACGCAGCUGUACAAGUGCACCUUUAAACAAAAUGACGGCCGGUUCAGGCAUUAAUCGAUUUUUGCGUUGUGUGCUGGAUAUUCAUAAUGAGUCCGUCAUGGCUCUUGGCUGUAUACACACAGGGAGCUACACGAUAUACGAAGCUAAAAAAUAAGUAGCUAUCAAAAGUGUAACUCUGAGAGUCUACAAUGGCGGCACCUGCUGCUAAUGGCUAUAACAUUCUCCUUGUGAACCCCGGUCCGCAGAACGAGAGUCCGGCUAAGAAACGCCAAGAAGCUUUCACCCGGAUUGUUGAAAACACCAAGCCAAGCAUUAUAUUCACCCAGGAAUGUAACAAACCUUUUGUCAAAAAUCUCAGUCCUGAAUAUCUAAGAGUUGGAAACGAUGAUGCUGGAUUUAUUUUCAAUGAGAACGAAUUUUUGCUUACUGACCUCACCCACCCCGGCGAUACAAGCUUUCUUCGCCUAAUCGAAGAACUCGGAAGGAAGGAGGGGAUAUCUGUUGAUUUUCAGUCCCGUGGUUAUGUUGUUAAGUUGAAAUCUAACGGUUGCUAUAGUGGGAUAGCACAUUAUAGGCUUCGAUCCGCCACGCUUUACCACUUGUGGGGCGGGCCAGCGCCGGUCUACUAGCGGGAACGCUCUGCACCCGAAUUGACGCUACCUCGUUCCUGAAAUACCGAUACCCAGAAGUGUCCACGUCAAAUGACCACAAUCCCUACAUGAUAGAGAUAUAGACCAAUAAGUCGUUCAAUUUUGAUUUUAAUUGUCGAUCUAAAAUACAUUAAAGUAGUUCCGGUAGCCUGUUGGCGAUUAACUGCACAUGUAUGUGGAUAGAACUGUGUUGUCGAUCGGCCAGUGUCACGAGUGUGCCAUUUGAAAUCUAAAUAUAUAUGAUUCACACUUAAAGGCAUAUAAUAAUUUACAACUCUCUUUUCAGCUAAAAAAUAAGUAGCUAUCAAAAGUGUAACUCUGAGAGUCUACAAUGGCGGCACCUGCUGCUAAUGGCUAUAACAUUCUCCUUGUGAACCCCGGUCCGCAGAACGAGAGUCCGGCUAAGAAACGCCAAGAAGCUUUCACCCGGAUUGUUGAAAACACCAAGCCAAGCAUUAUAUUCACCCAGGAAUGUAACAAACCUUUUGUCAAAAAUCUCAGUCCUGAAUAUCUAAGAGUUGGAAACGAUGAUGCUGGAUUUAUUUUCAAUGAGAACGAAUUUUUGCUUACUGACCUCACCCACCCCGGCGAUACAAGCUUUCUUCGCCUAAUCGAAGAACUCGGAAGGAAGGAGGGGAUAUCUGUUGAUUUUCAGUCCCGUGGUUAUGUUGUUAAGUUGAAAUCUAACGGUGUCCCUAACUUAGAAGUGCUUGCUGUGUCCUGGCAUGGAAACAACACAGUAAAAGAUGAAAAAAGGUCCAGUCUCCUGGAGAACCUGUUUCUUGUGGUUAAAGAGAUGAGGAAGCUUCCGAACUUCAAGGGCCAUGGUGGUGAAUUGUUGCCUGUUAUUGUUGGUGGCGACUUCAAUCUUGUGUUGCAGAAAUGGCCGAGGGAUCCUGAGCUUGUUUAUCACACGUAUAAGCCAUCGGCUCGUCGACAGGGUAGGGUUAUCGACUUGUUUGUCUCGACCAAAGGCUUCACUCUCGAGGACUGUAAAUUCGUGAACAUGUCUUUUGAACUUGAUGAUACAAAACCGGCUAGUGAGUAUCUCAGCCACGACCCGAUCCAAGGGGUGCUUGCUUACUCUGGAAUCCACGACACUGGCGGGAGUGACGACUCCGAUUGUAGAGGCGACUUUGGUAGUAGUGAGAGUGGCAAGACGGACCACACUAACAGUAGUGACCACUGUGGAGAGAUUUGUGGAAGUGUUUGCACAGGAAAUGCGGGUAAGACCGUUGAGAAUGAAAAGCCCAAAACUGAUAAACUGAAUCGACGAAAUGAUACCAAAGGCAAGGUAUCAAUCAACGAAAAGUUAGGGAAAAAUUCACAUGGUGGAAGACCUAGACAAGAAAACUCAGAACAGGCUCCAACCAGCAGAAUAAAAGUAAAGGCGACUACUGUAGCUGGUAUAAGGCAGAGAACGGACAUGCAUCCAUGUUCAAGUAUAAAACCCUCCAGCCAGCAAAACUUGGCAGCAUCCGCUAAUGGUUAUAACAUUCUCCUCAUCAGCACUGGCAGCGGGAUUCCAGUUGCAAAAUGCAAAGAUGCAUUCAGACAUGUGAGACAGUUUGUAGAAGAAGUCAAGCCAAGCAUUAUAUUCACCCAACAAAUUACGGGACCGUUUGUGAAGGGUCUUGGACAUGACUAUAAAGAACUUGGAACUCCUAAGGCAGGAUUUAUUUUUAACAAGGCUGAAUUUUGGCACAGGGAUUUGAUGGAUGACCGUGACCUUUCCGACCUUGUUAAGAGAUUAAGAGACGAAAAUGAUAUAUCAAGAGGCUUUGAAUUCUUAGAGCGGGUUCACGUUGUCAGGUUUACAUCUAAAAGUGUACACGGCUUGGACGUGAUUGCUCUGGCUUGGCACGGACAAUACGGAAAGAAAGGUGGCGGACGUCUUACAGAUGAAACCAUGAUCAGGUUUUUAAGAGACCUGUUCCUUGUGGUCGAAGAAAUGCAGAAGCUUCAGAAUUUCCGGGGCAGUGAUGGUAGAUCAUUACCUGUUAUUAUUGGUGGCGACUUCAAACUCGAGGUCACAAAAUGGCCUAGAGACAACACUAUUUUGGAUUAUCACAAGUACACGCCAUCGGUUAAGAGGAAACAACGACUUGUUGAUAUGUUCCUCACAACAAAGGAUCUCACUGUAACGGACUGCAAAUUCCUCAAGGCUAACGAUGGAAAAACGGCAAUGAGUGAUUUCCUCAACAACGACCUGGUCCAAGGAGUACUAGCGUACUCCAGUCCGAGUUGGCCGCACUGACACUCAACUUCGAUUGCUAGCUCAAUCCGGUGCUGGCUCAGUUUGUGAAAUGCCCUAUAGAGAGAGAGAGAGAGAGAGAAAG